CCGCUGGGUCUUGCACUCCGAGGAUCUUGGGAACCGAUGUCCCGACGCCUCCCGGCCCUGCAGUUCCUUGGAGAGCUUGGAGACGCGCGUGGGAGGGAAUAGGAAAGCUUGGUUACAAUCCGGGACACCCGGCAGCUGCCUGCACCCGGCAAGAAGCUGACCAGGGAACUUGCGGGACUGCACAACUCGGGAAGGGUAGAAGAAGAAAGAUCCGGGUGGGGGUUUGGGAAUGGGCACGCAGGCGGAGCUUCAGGAUGGUUCGUACUAAGAUAUGGACCCUGAAGAAGCACUUUGUUGGCCAUCCUACUAACAGUGACUUUGAGUUGAAGACAGCUGAGUUACCACCCUUAAAAAAUGGAGAGGUCCUGCUUGAAGCUUUGUUCCUCUCCGUGGAUCCUUACAUGAGAGUUGUGGAAAGUAAAAAUGCAGACCUACCAAAAGGAACUAUUGUACUGACUUCUCCAGGCUGGACAACACACUCCAUUUCUGAUGGAAAAGAUCUGGAAAAGCUGCUGACAGAGUGGCCAGACACAAUAUCACUGUCUUUGGCUCUGGGGACAAUUGGCAUGCCAGGCCUGACUGCCUACUUUGGCCUACUUGACAUCUGUGGUGUGAAGGGUGGAGAAACAGUGAUGGUUAGUGCAGCAGCUGGAGCUGUGGGCUCUGUUGUGGGGCAGAUUGCAAAGCUCAAGGUAAGUGCCUUUCUCCAUUGGGCUCAUUCAAUCAGUUUUGUUGCUGCUAAAACAGGUAUUGUAGGUGGAGAGUUUUCAAACACUGUUAUCGGCCAGAUGAAGAAAUAUGGAAGGAUUGCCAUAUGUGGAGCCAUCUCUACAUAUAACAGAACCGGCCCACUUCCCCCAGGUGGGGAGAUGAAUGGCCGAGAGGACCAGAGACUCUUUAACUCCUAUAGGCAACAGACUCAAAACAAAGACCAGUCUUCUAAGCGCCUCAUUUAGAGUCUGUUUCUGCUACAGUGAUCCUGUGCUAUUAAGAGAGAUCACAAAUUACCUGUGAUCCCCCCCAAAAAAGGAGAAAGAAGGAAAAAAGGAAUCUUCCAGACUCUAAUCAGGAUCCAGGCAACCAUAAAUCAAUUGGUUAUUU